AGUCCUAAUUACGUUACUUACACGCAUUCGUAUAGUGGGUGUAUGUCGUGAUAAGCGAUGUGAAUAAAAACGUGAGCGCGUCCUGUCGUAAAAUUUAUGUUUCUCCUCUUACCAUGAUGAUGAUGGACGUAGGAAUGUACGGGCACGGUCAUCAUAAUCAAUACGGCAGCACGUAUAAUCCGUCGGAAGCCAACUUUUUCGGAUACCAAGGCGAAUCUUACCCACAAGGGCAUACCUCCGAACAUCAACUAUCUCACUACGCAACGUCCUAUUAUUACGAAGAUUCCUCUUAUUUGUGCGGAAAUUCGUCAGAAUCACCACCACCUCAGCAAGAUAUAAAUUACUACCACCCCUCGCAUCAUCAACCAAUUCCGCAUGAUAAUCCAAUUAUUAAUACCGAAUCGGGACUGAGUUACACAAAUUUAGAUUACGCGAAUUCGGGCGCAUGUUCAAAUUCCGGUUACCUCAACUCUAAUCAAAAUAUUUACCCUUCAGAUGCUGGCUACCAAAGAACACAAUCCGAAGUAAUGGCAAGACAUCACGACAAUAUUAUAGACGGCCGCCAAUCGCAUAGUUAUUACGAUACCAAGUAUCAUCAUCUCGAUAAUGACAGUUACUCACAGUUAGUGCUUCAAAAUACAAGUUGUGCAGAAUACCAACAGCUACAAUAUAAGGAAGAACCUACCGCAACACAGGAACUGGAUCGCACGCACCCGUCGUUGCAUUCCAUUUCUCAGUUAUCUACAGUUCCUCGACAUACUCCUGCUAUUCCGACGUAUAAGUGGAUGCAAGUUAAAAGGAAUGUUCCUAAACCACACGGUUCCAAAUUGAGCACGACAAACUUAAACGACUUCACGUCGCCCACAGAGGCCACAAGUAUUAGUCAACGAAGCUCAUGUUUGGGUUCAGCCUCUUCAAUUAACUCGACGAUAUUAGGAUUAAACUGUUUAAAUACCGGACGCACGAACUUUACCAAUAAACAACUAACGGAAUUAGAAAAGGAAUUUCACUUCAAUAAGUACCUGACGCGAGCUCGCAGGAUCGAAAUUGCGUCCGCAUUACAACUGAACGAAACCCAAGUGAAAAUAUGGUUUCAGAAUCGACGAAUGAAACAAAAAAAGAGAAUGAAAGAAGGUCUAAUACCCUCAGAACCAAUUAAUAAUGGAAGUGGAAGAAAUUCUAGUGGAAAUUCGCCGAGCGGAAGUAACGUCAAUCACUCCGACAAUGCCCAUCUUGGUAACAGCGAGAACAGUAAUAGCGAAUCAAAUUGAGAUUUUAAUCAAACCUGGAAAGCAACAUUUUACGUACCUACUUACAUUAUUUCUAUAAAUUCUCUUAGUACUUCAGACCUAAUUUUGCAAUACAUAAUUGCUUAAAUAUCAUUACGAAUAACUGUAGGUACUAAUAGCCAAAGUAGCAAAUACAGCCAAACUGUUUGAAAAUGCGAGAGAAUAUUCCAAUUAUUGUUUAAUUACGGCUGGUAUUUUUUGCAUGUGUAAUUAUUCUUUAACGGAUUUCCGGCAAAGAUUUAUAUUGUGUGACAUUCAAAAUGAAUACUGACCCACCAAGGCGUAGAAGGACACAAAUUCCGAAUUAAUUUCAGAUUUUUCUUCUUGGACUUGGAUCUUCCGAUCACGAACUUAGAUACUCGAUCUGGAUUGGAUUGCAAAUCCCUUUCUAUUGAAGUGAUCGAAUUCACCAUUUGAAUCCUCAAAAAUGAGUUUAAUAAGCGAUCCCAAUCCUAGAUAUAUAUAUAAUUAUAACAAAAAAUAUGAACCAAUCAUCCUACUACUUAAGCGAUGGUCUUAUAAUGAGAUUGCAGGUUGAAAUUUCAGACUUAAAUUCGGAAAUUCGCACUUACUUGUCUUGGAUAAUUUGAAUUGUUACCAGAAUUUCGAAAAUUAGACCGAUAUUCUUAAAAAAUAUUCACGUAGCCCUUCUACGCCUUGGUAUUAAUCCUUUACCUUUAAUUCAUGAUAAAGUACAAAAUUGCUUAAUAGUAACUGGUACAAGGAAUGAAAAAGAACGAAAUAAUGGUAUAGUAAUCGUAUCAUUAAUACAUUCUCA